UCAGUCUGGUCUUGGGCUGGCAGCCGACAGCACAUGGGCCGAUGAAUGGGCCAAAAUGCGCCGCGCCGGAACUAUGCGAGAGAGAAAAGGACCCUCUUCUCAUUCCGAAUCUUGAUUGCUGAUGGCCCGUCGCCGCCAAGCACCAGCGAUGAGCCUUGCACUUCGUAUCACGUCGCAUAAGGUACGAAUAGCGAUAUCACGCGCAUGGCGAUUUUGGGUCCUACUGCUGCCGUACCCUGUCGACAGCUCUCCGUACACUGUGUGUGUUGCUUCCGGCCAGAGACGGACGCGGUACGGCCUUGUAUCUCUACGGAUGCGGGUACGGGAGCAUGACCCCGAUCGUCUUCCGGAAAACGUUGAGCAUUACCAGUUGCCAGAGACACUCUGCGCUUGCAGUCGUCCCGAAACGAAUCGCCAUGCGGUUGCAGGGCUUUGCUUUGGCAUAAUGAAGCACUUGAGCCGUCAGGAGCGUUUGGGUCAGGGCCCUUGCAAAGAAAAAACGCUGAUAAGCUUGUCUCGUCCCCGAUGGCUUGGGUUUGUGCGUUGCCGCACUCCCAAGCUUUAACUGACAGCUCUCGUCCAGUGACAGGCCGUGGAGCUCACAGACCCAACCUAGUGAGCGAAUGACCGUCUUCCAGUCUCGACAAUGUCUGUCGCAGCACAUCAGACGAACAGCAGGGGGUUGCCCGUUCCCGGGGCCGUGACUGGCCCAAAGAGCUCGAGAAGCAACCCCUCGUUGCUGGAAUUCGGCAUGCUGGCGACGAAACACAGAAGAACAGCGUCAGCCCUUGCCCUUGAACUCACUGGCGCGCCUCAGGUUUGAGAUCGUUUCUCAGACGGGCA